AUGCAGCCUGCUCUCGGAGCCCUCGGGCACACCUGGACUGCCAUGCGAGCCAUGGAGUUUAUCUCGCUCAUUACGAUCAUUGGGUUGACAUCUAACUUUAUUGCUGAGAUGGUUGGUGCUGAUUAUGCGGCGCCCUCUGCUCUGAUCGGAACCCUAGUUGUUUCAAUUUUCGCAACAUUGUACAUUGCCAUCUCUUACAUCCUCUACUGGGAUGGCAUGCUCCCUCUUCUGCUUGCCACAGGCGCUGAUGUGAUGCUUCUCGUCGCCUGCAUCGUUGUGGCAUGCACUGUUGGCAAGCCCGUCAGCUAUCUCGCAUGCCCCAAGUUCCCCUCUGAUGGCAACACAGCCAACUUCAUCAACUCACUCUUCCAUAAUGUCUAUCACUCUCGUGGAAACGUCUUUGCAUGGGUUGACCCUGAUAAGGCUUCAUGCUACCAGCUUAAGUCCGUCUGGGGACUUAGCAUCGCCCUAUGUGUUCUUUUCUCCUUCUCCGCCAUUACUUCGGGAUGCUUGUGGAAGCGAACAAAGAGCACUUCUCGUCCCGCUCCCAAGGACAUUGAGGGACCGCCUAUGAUGUCCCAGAACCGAAGUCUGGGCACCAUGGCUAUGGCGAAGCGGUUCGAUAGCGACUCUUCUGAUGCUGAGAGCGUACGCCAGCCGUGGUGUCCCCCGCCCCCCACGGCGCCUGUCCGAGUUAAGAGGAAGGAAGUUGCAAAGCCUGUGCUGCAUCUUCCUCCUUUGCCUCCAGUUCCCGUAUCGCCGGGACGCAUGAAUGAUGAUUCACCGAAGAGCCCUCUCGAAAGAAUCUGGUCAAAACGUAAGACCAUUAUUGAGCGAGUUGAGGGCUGGUGGGAUCUUGAUCUGCUUGAGAAGCGGCAGACACUCUUUGGAGGAAAAAGGAUUUAA